CAGCUUCCAGGUUGUGCAACAACAAAAAAUAGCCCCAAGCCAGCGAUCGGUCCGCGGGGUAACCGAGCGGCGUGUUGACAGCUGUUCUGUUCACAGACGGAGUUUCUCAUCAGCUGAGCUUCUCGGACCGAGCUGAACAUGAGCGCCGAGGUUUUCUCCUAUGAGAGUUUGGUCCAUGCCGUGGCGGGGGCGGUGGGAAGUGUGACUGCAAUGUCAGUAUUCUUCCCUCUGGAUACUGCCAGAUUGCGGCUUCAAGUGGAUGAAAACAGGAAGGCCAAAUCUACACCGUCCAUCCUGGCUGACAUCAUCAAAGAAGAAGGCCUUCUGGCCCCCUACAGAGGAUGGUUCCCUGUCAUCUGUAGCCUCUGCUGCUCCAACUUUGUCUACUUCUACUGCUUCCACUGGCUGAAGGCCAGCUGGCUGAAGGACAGGCAGUCAACACCCAGCACUGACCUUAUUGUCGGCAUCGCUGCAGGUGUUAUAAAUGUCCUGCUGACCACUCCUCUGUGGGUGGUCAACACCAGGCUGAAGCUGCAGGGCUCCAAGUUUCGCAACGCCGACAUCCGGCCCACGAACUACGCUGGCAUCCUGGACGCAUUUCAGCAGAUCAUCCGUAAGGAGGGUGUCGGCGCCCUCUGGAACGGGACCUUCCCGUCCCUGCUGCUGGUGCUGAACCCCGCCAUUCAGUUCAUGAUUUACGAAGGUCUAAAGAGGCAGCUGAGGAGAGGGGUUCCCAGGGAGCUUUCGUCUCUGGAGGUGUUCAUCAUCGGGGCCGUCGCCAAAGCUGUUGCCACCACUUUCACGUACCCACUGCAGACGAUACAGUCCAUCCUGAGGUUUGGUCAGUUCAACACACCGAAUGAAAAGUCCAAACUGCUGUCCAGCCUGCAGACCAUCAAGGGUCUACUGGUGAACAGAGCCAGGAAACAUGGCAUGUUGGGUCUGUUCAAAGGCCUGGAGGCCAAGCUACUGCAGACCGUGCUGACCGCGGCCCUCAUGUUCCUUCUCUAUGAGAAGAUUGCCAGCUGUACCUUCAGAGUCAUGGGACUGAGCAGCAACCACUACAAGAAACGCUAAGCAGCAAGCAGAGAUACAACCCUGGACACUUGACAACAUAAAUGCACUGUGAUGACGACUGGAUGUGACCUGGUUUUUAGAGUAUUUCAUUCACCUAACCCUUAACUGUUUUAGAUAAACCACUACUGAUGAUUCAUGGUGAUUUUUUUUCUGAAAGAACAGAUAUGGGAAGUGUGGUAAUGUUGUGAAUCAGAUGUGGAUCUUUAAGUGGACAUAAAGAUGAAAGUUGUAGCUAAGGUUAUGCCUUAGCUUGGUGGUCUUACACUAAAGGUAACUGGCUCAAACCAGACCUUGAGGCAGAUGUCCUGUAUGUAUAAUUUAUGUGAUAAGCAGCUCCUAUUAAAGCUAAACUUUAUACUGACUCCCUAAAA